AAUGCAACCUCAUUUUGAUAUUCUAAACAUAAAAUUGCACAGAUCGAAGCAGAACUCUCCUGUGACCUCCUCACCUCAAAGGCCUGCGUUCAACAGAACCUAUCCCAGUUCCCAGCCAGUUGCAUAUAGCACUGAAGGAAAAUGAACAUACCGAACAGCCACCACUUUUUGUACUUUCUGCCUACCCCACACCUUGUCAUCUUAUUAGCAGCUUUGACGACUGCUGAGGAUGUGACUAACAGCACUUUCAACCGCACUGACAUGAACAUGGGAUCUGUGCCUGUGGUGAUCUCCCGCAUCGACCAUAUAAUAGUCAAGGAGGGAAGUAGUGCCUUGAUCGACUGCAAUGUCCAAGGUAGUCCCAGUCCACGUUACAGAUGGUACAAUUCCAAUGGCCACCUGCUCCAAGAGGAGGAGAAUAAAGCAGGAAAAUGGUGGUUUCUUGACAAUGGGCUUCUAAACGUUACCAGCGUGUCUUUUGAAGACAGAGGUAAAUACACGUGUGUCGCAUCUAAUAUGUAUGGCAGUGUUAACAAUACUGUGACACUAAGGGUUGUUUUUACCUCCGGAGAUAUGGGAAUAUACUACAUGAUUGUCUGCCUUGUAGCUUUUACCAUUGUUAUGAUACUGAACAUUACUCGGUUAUGUAUGAUGAGCAGUCAUCUGAAGAAAACAGAGAAAGCAAUCAAUGAUUUCUUCAGAACAGAAGGGGCAGAGAAACUCCAGAAAGCCUUUGAGAUUGCAAAGCGUAUCCCAAUUAUCACUUCAGCCAAAACGCUCGAACUUGCCAAAGUAACCCAGUUCAAGACCAUGGAGUUUGCCCGCUACAUUGAAGAGCUUGCUCGGAGCGUACCUUUGCCACCUCUUAUCAUGAACUGCAGGACUAUAAUGGAAGAAAUUAUGGAGGUUGUUGGCCUGGAGGAGCAAGGACAGAAUUUUGUACGGCAGACAGCAGAAGGCCAGGAAACCACCGAAACAGAUGAGCUGUAUAUGAUCCCAAAUGCUUUAAAGCGCAGUGACUCUCCCACAGCUGACUCUGACGCAUCAUCACUGCACGAGCCACCUCAACAUAUUGCAAUAAAAGUGUCGGUUCACCCAUUGUCCAGAAAGGACUGCAUGGACGGUCAAUCACAAGAAAGCAUGCAUUUGGACACCAAGGAAGACGAUACUCCUCAAACACCAGCACUUCCUGCAGAGCCCCCUCCUGAGCCUUCUGUUGAACUCAGUUCUGAUGAUACAGCAUUGGCAAAUUACAAAAAUACAUGCGUUAUAUAUGAAAGCCAUGUAUGA